AUGCAAGGGGGCAGUGGUCAGUUGUCCUUUCCUCUGCGCAUCUCCUCCCAAUGUCUCCUUCUUGCUGUAGCUGUCCUGCUAAAGACUCUCACAGACCCAGCCCAAGCAGAAAAUGGAGCAGAUGAGGCGCAAUAUUCUGUUAAGUUAAUUACAAAGAAUUACAUUUACGGCAAGACUGAACAUAAAGUAAACGUCUAUGUGAAAAUGCACAGUGACAGCCCCUUUCUAGUCUGCAUGGACCUGACUCUUUCACAAAGUGAAGUCAUAGACCCCAGCUACCUAUGGAUUGGGCCAGAGGGACAGAUUCUAGAAAAAAAAAAAGACGUGAAUCUCACAGCAACUGGAAAGUUGAUGCUACUCAAUUUUAGUGAGCGCAUGUCCGGAUCUUACACGUGCACGCUUUCUUAUAGAGUUGUCCAAGAGGACAUGCAAGUUGAACUAGAAAGAUUCAAGGCAUACAAAUUUAUGGUUUACGCAUAUCGGGAGCCUGAUUACACCUAUCAAAUAUCUGUGCACUUUACGACCAAAGAGUGCAAUUUUGCAGCCAACGGAGAAUUCUUCAAAGAGCUAGAGAAAGUCCUGAACAAUCUGAUUUCCCACCUGAACUGCCACAUCAUAGAUGCAUCGUACAAAUGUCACUCUGUCAAGAGACCCAAACAUGCGCUGGCAGAUGAGCUGUUUGUUACUUUUCAAGUCAACCCUUUUGCCCCUGGCUGGGAAGCUGUUUGCCAUCAGGCCGUUCGUGACUGUGAAGAUGUGACGAACAGCCGUGUCCAAAAGGCCCGAUGGCUCAUUGAAGAAUUUUUUCGCACGCAGUCCUACAUCUUGAAACAUAAGUUUCAAAACACCCCAGCAAUUCAUUACAUAGACCAUAGUUUUCAAGUCACUCGCCUUGACAACUGUCGCCCAGGAUUUGGGAAAAAUGAUGUCAUCCACAAUGACUGCACAAAUUGCUGUGUGGCCUGUGACCCAGGGACCUACAGCCCAGACAACAGCCUGGUUUGCCUGAAAUGUACAAACAUUCGGAUUAAAUUCUAUGGAGCAAAAUCUUGCUAA